UGUUAUAAGAAUUGUUCCCUUGUUGUAUUUACAUACUUUUAGGUAAUCCGACACAUUAAUUAUUUAUAUUGGGACUCAUUGUUUGCGCAUAAACAGCAUGGGUAGCGUUUGACAGGUUGGGACUCAGGACUAGUGAGAGACAGACCAACGUCAGUGUUAAGAUGCGGUAGUUGGAUGCCCUUAUCUGUUUUAUAGUGUUGAUUUUACUUGUGGGCAAAUGGGAAAUACACAAGGGAAAAGUACUGAAGAUAAAGACAAAAGAAGGAAAGGAAAGACAUCUAAGAAUUCUCCUGCCAACGAAUUUUCUCCCACACCAAAGCGUAGUUCCACUUCAAAUGGUUCUGUAGGAAUAAACAGCAACCAUAGGACUAGAGAAAGUUCAAUUCAUUUGCCUUUGAAGGAAUAUGAAGUUCCAGAUUUCUUGAAAGAUACCCAGCAACAGCGUUGGCAUGAAAAUGGGGCAUCUCCAGUGGUCAAAAGGGAUCUGAAAGACCCAGAUUUUUCCUCUAAUGGUGGACAGGGGCUUAUGAUUCCUAGUGAGGAACUAGUGGUGCCUGAGUUUCUUAGAAACAGUGAAGGUAGACAAGGACAUAACAAGUUACGGCACGGUGGAAGCUCCACUUCUGUUGCCAGCAAAUUUGGGGGCGCUCACGGAAAUGUAAGAAAUGAAAGCAGAGCAAGAACUGCAGAAAGGGCUGACAGACAGAGACUCACUAAUGGUGAUACAAAAAUAGACAGUAAUGGCACGAGAGACUUUGUUACCAUGAAUGGAGAGCAGAAAAUUCGCAGUCACUUGCAGGGUGCUGUUGCAGCUCAUAAACCAGAUCAGGAAACAAGAACAGGGCAAAAACAAACUCCUGACUUUCAAAUAAGGUUGAACAGAGCCUCAACAGUUGACUCACCUGAUAAAAUUGCUCAAAUGGGGCAAAACGUGAGAGAAAAUUUGAACUCAAAGACAAGUUCAGACACUGACAGUGAUUUCAAGGCAAGGAAUAGAAUAAUGUUUGUUGACAUGGAGAAAAGAGAGGAAUUAGGAGCAUAUGAUGAUGCUUCCUUGAAAAGAAAAUACAAGAAAGGAGGCAAUAAGAGUAAAAACAAAGGACAAAAUGGUGUGAAAGACACUUCAGAAGUUUCACAGAGAAUUAUGGCUUCUGCUAAGGUGCAGAUGGAUCCUGGUGGAAGGCGCAAAUCAAACAACUGGCCUGCAGACACUGAUAGUGUCCAGAGCACUUCAUCACAGUCUUUUACUGAACCUAUUUCCACAAUGUCUUCUGAGAAAGAUAAAUUUAGUGUUUCAGUGAGAGAUCAUGGGAACCUUGUGUUAAAAGGUGGUUUGUCAAAUGGACUUCUUUCUUCCUCCAGAAAAUUACCUGGAGCUGCUAGUGAGGAUGCAGAUUCACUGCCUUCUACACAAAGAAGUAGUAAACUUAAUACCAGUCUUGGUUAUAAUGAAAGUUCACCUGAGGAAGACCUUCGUAAAGUUAAAAGGAAGGACUCUUUGCAAGCUCAUUUACGAAACAGGAUUACAAAAUUGGAAAAAGUGAAGCCACCUCUGCCCAGGGCAAGAUAUGACAGUGACUCCACAACUAUCAGUGAUCACAGUGCUUUUGAAGAUGUCCAUAUAUUUCCACAUUCCCCCAGAAGAAAGUCAAAUUUUGGGUUGAUGACUUUGAAUGAUCUUCCAGAAGAUAUUUUGAUUUUUAUUCUGUCUUAUUUGUCAACAAAAGACCUUUGCAUGGCAUCAGGUGUUUGUCGGAAAUGGCAGACACUCUGUUGGGAUCCACUGCUUUGGUCGAACAUUCAAAUCUCCAAUUAUCAAGGAAGCGACAUCAACAAAGUUUUGCGGAAUCUACUGGCAAGACUAGCCAUGGACACUCAGGGUUACUGUAUGACAGUACAUUCAAUAAAGUUAAAUGGUUGUGAGCUACUGUCUGAUAAAGGACUGGGUUUUGUUGCUCGGUUUUGCAUAGAUUUAGAGGAGCUUGAUGUGUCUGGCUGUUGCUGUAUCACAAGUAAAGGUCUUCAUGACAUUUUAUUGAAUUGUCAAACUCUGACUCAUCUUGACACGAGUGGCUGUACUUGUGUGAAUAAUGUAUCAGCUCCAGUAGCAAAUGGAUUUGGUGUGGGACAUCAUGGGUCAUUCCUUCAGUUGCGACAUUUGGACCUAAGUGAUUGUGUGGCAUUUGAUGACUUGGGUUUGAGAGUUGUGGGUCUCAGUUGUGGUUUGCUUGAAAGCUUGUAUCUGCGCAGGUGCAAUCGUGUGACAGAUGUUGGCAUCAAGCAUAUUGCACAGCACUGCGGAAAUCUCAAAGAGCUCAGUGUCAGUGAUUGCUUCAAAGUGAGAGAUUUUAGUCUGAAGGAAGUUGCCAAGAAUUGUCCAAGUCUCAAGUACCUCAGUGUGGCAAAAUGUCCUAUAACAGAUACAGCAAUGAAGUAUAUUGGAAAGCACUGUGUCAAAUUAAAGUACUUGAACAUCAGAGGAUGUGAAGCUGUUUCUGAUAUUGGAAUGACGCACAUUGUUCAAAAUUGCUUGAAACUGCGGUCUCUUGAUGCAGGAAAGUGUGAUAUUACAGACAAUGGACUUCACAUGAUUGGCAUUCAUUGUCCUCAGCUUAAGAAAUUGAGUAUACGAGGAUGUGACCGCAUUACCAAUACUGGGGUGAGAACUAUUGCAGCUCAGUGUUGCAGUGUGCAGUACCUGAACUUGCAAGAAUGCAACCUCAGUUAUGAGACUUUUAUGUACAUAAGGGAACAUUGCAAAAAUUGUGUCAUUGAACAUACAUGCCCUGCAUUUUUCUAACAUAGCCAUGCAAAGAGGUGAUGUGAGCUCUUUGUCAAAUAUUCUUAUGUUUUAUCAGCUAUUUUCAGUCCAUCCAGUUGUGUUAUUUUGAGAGAUGAAAUGGAUUUCAUUCUACCUUCUAAUCCAUGUGUUCCCAUGUGUGUAGGUACGCAUGAGACAAUCUCGCUUACUGAUAACCAUUCCAUUUUUCACAUACACCCCAGCAGGGCCUGUGUAUUCAACAUGAUAGCAUAUGUAAUCUUCUAUUUUUUUCACUUAGUUUUAGGCCAUCAUGUAAAAUUUGUAAUAAUUAUUUAUAGAGUAAGAGAAAUAUACCCCUCUGUGAGGGUGGGGCAUGGGCAGCUCAACCCCCUUCCCUUAUAUCUAUAUUGUGGUUUUGUUGUCUCAUCCUAGGCCUUAACAAUGCUUAAUUGCUGAAGCCUAAGGGCCAAAAGUAUACUACUGCCUGUCAAGACUAUGAAAAAAAUUUAUUUAUAACUUAUUUGUCUACAAAAAUCUCUUGAAAUCCUAUUGAGGUGGACAAAGUAUAAAUAGUGGUAAUCCCAAGAGCAAAAUUUACAUAGUAUCAAUGAAAAAAGGGUGUGUUUUCCUGACUGUUUUUCAGAAGUCAACCUGAAACUCUAAACUACAAGUGAAAAGUCUCUGAUAUUCAGGGAAGCAUGUACGUGAGUGUUUUAAUACUUCUACAGAGUGAAAAUACACAGAAGUUGAAAUUGUAAAGUUAUGGUUAUUGUUUAUUCUAAAAUUCAGGGGGGAACUAGACUCCAUUUACCCUUACUGUUCAAUUUCCAAAGUUUCUUUUUGCAAAUAUGGGAUUGUAUAUUUGAAUAUUUAAAAGAAUUAUUAUAUUGUUGUAUUACAGUCUACAGUGUAAAUAAUUUAUGAUUUUAAGAACUAUCCUGGGAAUUAAUUUAUAGGUCCUUUGAAAACUUAUGUGAAAAUAGAGUGCUUAGGACUGUGCCCUUGAUGAAUUUUUUACCAAUUGUGUUUGGUUAUGAAUGAUAUGUUCCCAGUUUUGAAGAAAAUGUUAAUUUUGUUGAUAUAUUUCUGGGAGAAUUUGAAUUAUUAUUAUUGCCAUGGAGGAACCUUAUUUUUGGUUCAAAU